CCCAUUUACGGAGACCCAUACCCCUAGCCGGCAACCAAGCACGGCAGGAACGGGUCGGCCUUUUGAUAUGGCUGCGUGAGGGCCCCUAACGUUGUGACCACCUUUGACAACCCAAUUCCCGACGCUGCGUUUGCAGGCAUUGCCCAACAUGCAUUAGGGGUGCGUACCGAAGAUGAGGGAAGUCCGCUGCAAGAGGGAGAAAAGACACUCAAUUGUCAAAGUAAAAGCCAUCCCUCCGACGAAGCCGGUACCAAACCAUGCAUUGCACUUGAUGAAGAGACAAGGCAAGCACAGGUACAGCCUGACAGCCGCGUGCAUCGCAGGAAUGUUGACCAGCAAUGUUUCAACAGGUGUAGAUUCCAGCUCGCACGUACUCCUACAGAACCUGCCAUGGCUAUUGGAAUUGAACUUCUUCAAAGCUGUCUCUUCAGGUCACUUGAAGUAUCCACAAUUACAUUUUUUCAGACCACACCGUCCUCCGAAGUAUCGUGCACGACUGGACAGUGAGAUCCACGUCGGUAGCCGUACUGGUGUGAAUAUAGACGUGGAUAUGAACGCAAAGCUUCAAUUUUGCGUCCAAUGGCUUCCGAAACCAAUCAUACAUCUGUCGAUGAGUAGCGAUCGGGCGGGGAUUGCUCUUCAAUUAUGCCGCUCUCAUCUCACGCACACCCACCUUGGGCUUUAUUGUCCAAUUCCUCCGUCACUUAAGAGACUGUCUCUCGGAUAGAAGUGUUCCAACUCAUCCGUAAGAGUUCUUCGAGGCAGUUCCAUAAGGCCCACCGCGUAUACCCGUCCUAAUAUAUCAAGCCAUCGAUGGAACGAUCCAUGUCCGUGAGG